ACCCAAUCAAUGAAACUAUCUUUGGUGGAGACACUCGCCAGAUUCGAGAAGGAGGUGAAACGAACUGACACCGGGUUCUUGGCGAUAGCAACAGAGGUGGAGAAUGACGGAGAGAAAGCCUCGGAACCUCCAGAAAAAAUCAAGGACUUACUGAAGGAGUUCCAAGACAUUCUUCCCGACGACCUCCCAAAUGAGCUACCGCCAUACCGAACGCAUCAACACGAGAUCGUGGAGGAACCGGGUUCGAAGCCGACCUUCCGAGCACCCUAUCGGCUCAGCUCUACGGAGCUGACCGACAUGAAAAAACUGAUCGAGUAUCUCGUAGCCAAAGGACUCAUCCAACCAUCCACUUCACCAUACGGUGCCCCAGUACUCUUCACACCGAAACCGGACGGAAGAUUGCGCAUGUGCAUCGACUACCGAGCUCGUUACAAGCAAACCAUCAAGAAUAAAUAUCCGAUACCGCGAAUCGAUGAGCUGCUUGACCAGCUUCGGGGAGCUACGGUAUUUUCAAAACUAGAUCUGCGAUCCGAAUAUUGGCAGAUACGGAUGGCGGACAACUCUAUCCACAAAACUGCUUUCCGAACUCGGUAUGGAUCGUACGAGUAUUUGGUAAUGCCGUUCGGACUCACCAACGCACCAGCAACAUUCCAAGCAGAAAUGAACCACAUUCUACGACCACCUUUGGACGAGUGCGUGGUAGUGUACCUGGACGACAUCCUCAUCUACUCGUGCGACAUGAAGCAGCACGUCGAGCACCUACGAUGCGUCUUCGAGAUUCUUCGACGAGAACGCUUCUACGUCAAACUAUCCAAGAGCGAUUUCGCCCUCGAGAAAGUCCAAUUCCUUGGACAUAUCGUAAGCGCUCAAGGAGUUCACGUCGGCCCCAAGAAAGUUGAAGCCGUACGUACGUGGAAGACGCCCGAGAACGUGAAGGAGUUGCAGCAGUUCCUAGGCUUCGCGAAUUAUUACAACAGGUUCGUGCCACAGUAUGCGAAACUCGCAGCACCACUCAUGAAUCUGCUGAAGAAGAACACGCCCUACAAAUGGGAACCGAAGCACCAGGAUGCCGUGGAGCAGCUGAAACAAGCACUCACGUCCGCACCGGUACUCAUCUUGCCAGACCCCGAACGCGACUACGUUAUCGAAGCUGAUGCCAGUGACCAGGCAGUGGGAGCAGUCUUGAUGCAAGACAAGGGGAAUGUACUGCAACCAAUUGCCUACCUCAGCAAGAAACUACAUGGAGCAUAACUCAACUACCCGAUACACGACAAAGA